CAACAAGGGGCGUCAAAAUUCGCCAUCUUGAAAUUGGCAAAAUUUACGUUGCAGAAAUUUGACACAAUCUGAAGGAAAUCGGAAGCAUCUGACUUGGAAAUCUACAUAUUUAAGCGGCGUAGAAACCUUUGAUAACUCCUUGUACGAUAUCUGUGUGUUUGUGGCGAAUAGCCCCACAACUUUGGAGAGAAAUUGACACUGUUUACGGGGAUUCUCCCUGUUGAAAAAAUAAAUUCUAAAAAUGGGAACCAAAGAUGACGAAUACGAUUAUUUGUUCAAAGUUGUGCUGAUAGGAGACAGUGGAGUAGGAAAGAGUAACCUGCUUUCUAGAUUUACCCGCAAUGAAUUCAACCUAGAAAGUAAAAGUACAAUAGGAGUAGAGUUUGCCACUAGGAGUAUACAAGUAGAUGGUAAAACUAUAAAGGCACAAAUUUGGGAUACAGCUGGACAAGAGAGAUACAGGGCCAUCACCAGUGCGUACUAUCGUGGUGCAGUGGGAGCACUACUAGUGUAUGACAUAGCCAAACAUUUAACUUAUGAAAAUGUAGAGCGAUGGUUGAAGGAACUGCGUGACCAUGCAGAUAACAAUAUAGUCAUCAUGUUAGUUGGAAACAAGAGUGAUUUGAGGCAUCUACGGGCUGUUCCAACAGAUGAGGCCAAGGCUUUUGCAGAAAAGAAUAACUUAUCAUUUAUAGAGACUUCGGCUUUAGACUCCACAAAUGUAGAGACAGCCUUUCAGAAUAUACUAACAGAAAUAUACAAAAUAGUUUCCCAGAAACAAAUUCGGGAUAGCCCAGAUGAUGAAAAUUCACCUAGCAACAACGUACAGACAAUUACUGUAGCUCCUACAGACAAUUCAGGAGAGAAGAAGAAAGCUUGCUGUACCUAAUUCUAGCGGCCUACCAGUGAAUAAAGGAACAACAUCUAUAAGGAUAUUAAACAGCCCUUAUAAAGGGUUCAUAUAACCUUUAGAUGGUCAUACAUUUCCAUGAACAUUAUAGAUGGCGUGUUAAAUGCUCUUCAUUAUGUAAAAUGUCGGAUUUUAACUACAUCAUCGCUAAUGGAUUACGCCUACCCGCACAUUUUGCAGUCUCGCUGUGUCUGUCAAUGCCUUAAAAAGCAGGGGGUUGUUUUCAUGAAAGUAUUAUGAAUUUCAUAAUUUUACAAUGUUUUUAUUGCAAAAUUGUGAAAUUAAUUUGAAUUACAUUAAUUGUAAAUCAGAUUAUUUUCUACAAGCGACCUCGAGGAUUGCUUUAAAAGGUGUUAAAUUUGUUUCUAUUGGUGUUACUAUAGUGAUGCUAAAUUGUCCAUAUAAAGAUGUAUAGAGCGAAUCUUUUGUAUGCUAUAAUUGUAAAUUUGUAAAUUGAUAAACCGCUCAUAUUGCAUGGUAGUGACUUGAUAUAUUUUUUUGUAUGGGAAAAUAAUGUAUUCGGUUUGUUAAUUUGGGCAUAUGUAUAAUUAGAAAAUGUAAACUAAUGCUCGAUACUACUAGGUUAGAGAUACUGAUGUACUCCAGUGCAAAUGUGCAAUUUUAACUUAUUAUACAAUAGUUUAUAUCUAUUGGUUUUCACUCCUUGAACAAUAUGGCUAUUAAAACAGUGUGAAGAUAUGUGGUCAGUGGAUUUCAGCUUUCAAAUAUGGUUUUGAAUGGUAAAACCUUUAAAAAUGUUAAGGAGCAGCUCAAGUAAGUGUUCACAUUUUAAUGUGUUCGCAUUUGGCCAUUCUUUUGCGAGGAUAGAAUAUAAUCACUUUUGAGGUGUUCGCUGUAGAGGUGUGUUCACUUGAGAGAGGUGUUCACUUCAGUAAGACAUUCUCUUAUGAGAUAUUCACUCAUGAGGUAUUCAUCUUGGAGAUGUAUUCACUGAGAUCCAUUUAUAUAUGUGAUGUACUAUCUUGUAUGAGGAGUGAAGAUUACACUGUAUUUCCUAGGUUUGUUUCUGAACAAAUUGAAUUGGGUUGAAUUGAUGUCGA